AUGGUUCCUGCCGCCGCCUGCGUUCUCCUGCUCACCCUGGCAGCCCUCCGUGCGUCGGGCCAAGGCCAGAUACAGAUAGGUGCAGAUCUGGGCCCGCAGAUGCUUCGGGAACUUCAGGAAACCAACGCGGCUCUGCAGGAUGUGCGGGAGCUGUUGCGGCAGCAGUGCAACGCCCAUCCCUGCUUCCCGCGCGUCCGCUGCAUCAACACUAGCCCCGGCUUCCGCUGCGAGGCUUGCCCGCCCGGGUUCAGCGGCCCCGCCCACGAGGGCGUGGGGCUGGCCUUCGCCAAAGCCAACAAGCAGGUUUGCACGGACAUUAACGAGUGUGAGACCGGACAGCAUAACUGCGUCCCCAACUCCGUGUGCGUCAAUACCCGGGGCUCCUUCCAGUGCGGCCCUUGCCAGCCCGGCUUCGUGGGCGAUCAGGCAUCCGGCUGCCAUCGGCGCUCACAGCGCUUCUGCCCCGACGGCACGCCCAGCCCGUGCCACGAGAAGGCCGACUGCAUCCUGGAACGCGAUGGCUCGAGGUCGUGCGUGUGCGCCGUUGGCUGGGCCGGCAACGGGCUCGUCUGCGGCCGAGACACGGAUUUGGACGGCUUCCCCGACGAGAAGCUGCGCUGCCCGGAACGCCAGUGCCGCAAGGACAACUGCGUGACGGUGCCCAACUCAGGGCAAGAGGACGUGGAUCGCGACGGCAUCGGAGACGCCUGCGACCCGGAUGCCGACGGGGACGGGGUCCUCAACGAGCAGGUGGGGCCAAACGUCGGGGCCUAG